UCACGAAGAAACCCAUUUGUUUCCUUUGAGAGAAAGAGAGAGAGCCAAGAAUAUUAAAAGAGAAAAGAUUUGCUUUAAAAAUGCCAACGGCGAUACAGUUUCAGAGAUCCUCCACCGCCGCAGAAGCAGCCAACGCCACCGUAAACAACUAUACCCACCACAAACAGGUUCAAAAAGUGAGCCUCACGCGCGGCAUGGCUGAUGUGCCGGACCACGUGGAGCUUGCCCACACGCACGUGGUUGGUCCUUCUCAGUGCUUCUCCGUCGUGGUACAAGACGUGGAGGCUCCUGCUUCCGCCGUCUGGUCUAUCCUAAGCCGCUUCGAACACCCUCAAGCGUACAAACACUUCGUGAAAAGCUGCCACGUGGCUAUCGGAGAUGGUCGAGAGAUUGGGUCGGUGAGAGAGGUCCGAGUCGUAUCGGGUCUCCCUGCGGCGUUUAGCUUAGAGCGGCUUGAGAUCAUGGACGAUGAUCGCCAUGUCAUCAGUUUCAGCGUCGUUGGUGGGGACCACAGACUUAUGAACUACAAGUCGGUGACGACGGUGCAUGAGUCCGAGUCGUCCGACGAUGGUAAGAAGAGGACACGUGUCGUCGAGUCAUACGUCGUUGACGUACCGGCGGGUAACGAUAAGGAAGAGACUUGUAGCUUUGCAGAUACCAUUGUACGGUGCAACUUGCAAUCGCUGGCUAAACUCGCCGAGAACACGUCUAAAUUCUCGUAAUUACAUUUCUUUCAAUCUUUUAA